AUGAGUAAUAAUCAAUAAAAGAAUACAACUUAAAAACCAUCAUCUCCAACCAAAUAAUCAAUAUUUUAGACAGGAGCACUUAAAAAUAGAAAUUAAUCACCAAUUCUUGCUUCAUAAAAGUAAGCAAUGAAAUCUCAAGAAAAAUCUCUAUUAUUAGAUGAGUCUAUCACAAAUAAUAAUUCAUGGAAAUAAACAACUGAAAUUUAAAUCAAGAAUGUAAUUUAUUAUACCUAUAAAGAGCUUUUAAGCAGAAUCAAACUUAAAAGAAACUAUUGAAUAGUUAGUUUAAAAUAUAACAUUAAAAUUAAAAUAGCAAGAAACAGAUUAAUUUAUUAAGGAAUUAAAUAGUCCUAUCUUAACAUAAGAUCCGAGUGUUGCAUUAUAUUAAGCACCUAUUGAAAAGAGUAGUUCAAAUUAAGAUCUAUUAGGAAAAAUUGUUGCAUAAGAAACUAAAAAAGCUAGAGCAGUUAAAUAAUUCAUUUUCAAUUAGUUUUCUUCUAAUGAUCAAUCCCUCAACAUAUCAAUCAAUUCUUCAUUUACUACUUAAUAAUAAUAAAAAAAUUAAAUAAGUAACAUAUCGAAUAAACCUCGAUAAACUAAUGGUGGAAGUCCUUAAAAAUUCUAAAAUAAAGCAUUUAUAUAAGAACCUCAGUUGGAUCAAAAAUUGAAUUCAGCAUUAAAUUCAUAAAUCAAAUAAUUAGAAUAACUCAUUUAAAAUACAAAUUAAUAAUACUUACAACUUCAAGAAUAAACAAAGAAAUGGAAUUCUGAUUUAUUAAUUUAGGUGAAUUCAUAAUAAACAAAAAUUCUAUAACUAGAGUCAUUUUUCAAUAAAAUUGAUUAAGAAUAAAAUAGAGAAAAAAAAAUUACACAUCAAUUAUAAAUAAAAAAUGAAAAACAAGAAAUAAGCGAAAAUACUACAAAUCAAGAAGUACAAAAAUAAUUAUAAUUGGUGAUGAAAAACUUAAAUUCUUUAGCUGAACAUUAACAAUAAUAAAUGAUGAUUAUUAAAACAGCCCUUACUACUGAACUUAAAAAUGAAUUUUUAUGUUGUUCAGAGUAUAAAUUAAGUUAAUAAGAAUUGUAAACUUAAUUGAAUUUAUUAAAAGAUUCUGUUAAAUAAACUUAAUAAUAAAGCUAAGAAAUACUUAUUAGAAAACAAUAAAUGAUAGAGAAUUUAAAUCUAGAAAUAAAAAAUUUAAUGAGCUUGAAUAAAUAAAAAAAUGAAGAAAUUGAUUAAAUCAAAUUAUAAAAUGAUGCAAUCAUAGGUCAAAUUAAUGAUAAUAAAGAUGAAAUAACUAAAUAAAAUUAAUUUAUAUCUGAAAUAUAUAAUUUAUAUUAGAAAAUAAAUUAGAAGCUGCCUAGUACAUGA